AUGCCCACGAUGCUCGGACUGUCGGAUGAAUGGCCUGCGCUGGGGGCGCGCCGAGCGCAGAGCUGCGCGGCCCAGGCCUCUCCAGCCAAGCCCCCCGCUCAUUCGCAGGCUUGGGGGCCCUCGCUAACCCAGGGAUCCCGGUUGCCCUCUGCCCGCUCACCCUCGGCCCACUCCGCCCACUCGGCCCGGUUGGCUGAGAGAACGGGGCCCUGGCACACGCAAGCACUGCGGGUUCGAGGAACUAAGCCGCCCUCCAGCGGCAACUCCCGGUUUUUCAUUCUGUGCACGAACAAGGAGCACCUGGACAACGUUGCAUUUGCAGCCUCGGGCUUCGGGAGGCACUAUGGGAUCUGGACGUCUUCCAACAGGACGAACGAGGCCCUUGCCAAGGCCUUCAGGCAGACUGAGCACAUCUUCUUGUUCGUGCUGUGCGGGGAUUUCCGGCUCGUCGGUCGCAUGGCCAGCCUUCCGGACGAGGAGCACGGCACCUCCAGGCUCUGGCCGAAGCAUGUGGAAGGACGAUCAACCUUGAACUUCCGAGUCGACUGGCUGAAGCAGUGCCUCGUGAACCCCAGGGCUGUCAGAGAUCUCCCCAAGCAGCUUGGACAUGGCCUGGAGUUGGAUCCUCAAGUUGGAUGGAAAGCCUUGCAGCAAAUCAUGGUGUUGAAUGAUGUGCCCCACGUCUACACCCCCCCGCCUGAGAACCGAGCCAGUCAGCGUCCACGCCGACGUGAACAGGUGGAGAAUGACGCAGCUGCCGCAAGGUGGAAGACGAUGGCUUGGGGUUCGUUGGGCCCGGCGAGGCUCUGGCUUCUGAAUCUUUGCCAGCAAAUGCCAGAUCUGCGGCGCUCAGCGAUCGAGAUGUUCAGUGAUUUGGCUUGUUGGAAGGCCUCCCCGUCUGAGCGGCGCAUGGCCCGUCGUAAAGCCCUCACUGCCGGACAAGACCUCGAGAGGAUGCAGCUGGCCCUGAUCUCUGCGGACAAAGCAAUUGCUGACCUGGAUCAAGCGUGCCUUGACCUCCGCGUUUCCGUGGGAUUUCCAUCGGAAUCUCCAUCUCCAUCAAGGGUCGAUGACCGAGAGGCUGCUCGAAUCAGGGCCCUUGCAUGCCUCAAUGCCUGGAUGGAGACAUCGUCGAGCUUCGAGAAGGGGCGUGAGAAGGAUGGACUCCUGCGUCCGCUCCUGAAAGAGGAGCUGAACAUGUUGAAAGGGAACUUGCAGCGCAAGAUCCGGCACUUGCAAGAGCUGGACAAGGUGCACGCAGAGCAGUUCUGCGCCGAGUGGGAGGCUGCCAUGCGACGGUAUCAGGAAGCCCGUGCGAUGCUCUGCAAGACAGAGCUGCGUGAAGAGGCUGAGGCUGCGCUGCCUGAUCAGGGUAUGCAAAGCAAAUCGGAGGCAGAGCCGGCAGAGAUGACCUUUGCAAGAAAGCGGCUCCAGGAAGAUGAUGUAAGAAUCCUGGCCCUUCGCACCAAGGCGAUUAACCUGCAAUUGCGCUUCCCUGAACUCAGCCACAUGUUGCAGCCCAAGAUGAUUCCCAGCUUGGUCAACCUUCAGUUCAAUGUCGAGGCCGAACUGCCUGGCAUCUUGGCUUCGAAUCGCACGUUGCAAGACUACGGCGCCGUGACCGAGAGUUCCAGGCCUGGUGGCUUCAUGCGAUCAACGUUUGACGGCCGAGCUGUGCUGCUCAAGCGCUUCAACAUCGAGACAGAAGCGCCCUUCAUCUUGCGGGAGGUCAGUGCCAUGCGCAAGUUCAAGCACCCCAACUUGGCAGAGGUUUCCUGCGGAUUCUUUGGUGCAAACGCCACAUUCUACCUUGAGCUACCCUUCUACGGCGACUCCUUGGCAGAGCGACCCUCAGAAUUCAUCUGCCAGUGGGGGAAGAAGAUCGUUGCUACCUCAGCAGCAGGUCUCGAGCGCCUGCAUGCAUGCGGCAUCAUCCACGGCAACAUCGGGCCUGGCUGCUUUGCAGUUACAGGCGAUGGAUCUGCCAGGCUUGUUUUGGACUUCUCCAAGGUGAUCCUCCGUCCCGACUGCUGCAAGGCCCCAGAGCUCGGGUCGAAGCUUGGGAUCGCCAGCGAGGCCAUGGAGGCAGACAUCUUCGCUCUUGGUGCGGUUUGGCUCGUGCUGAGUGACAGGCAUAAAGCUUUGGACAAGCGCGCCAUCGAGAUGGCGAAGCGAAUGACAUGUGCCGAGGCAGACUGUCGGCCAACUGCUGAAAUGAUCUGCAAGCAGUCAAAGCCUGGCGCGCCGCCAUCCUACUGGUACGACCUUCUCUUGACAGACGUGCCUCAGAGCCACCCCGUGGAGGUGCCUUCUUGUGUUGAGGAAGCCCUAAGGGACUAUUGCCUUGUGUGCAAGUUUCCCUGUUAUGGAGCGGAAGGGCCCCAUCACUUCAACGUCAAGGGAAUGUGGCGCUUGGAGCACCCGGAAUUGUGGAGGGCCUACCAGGACUGCCGGAAGCAGAUGCGGCAAGACCACCAAGACACUCGCCACACACCUCCCAGCUCCCAAGUCGCAAACGUCUCCAACCUGGCAUCGGAUGACCUGAAUGAGGCCUGGCUCUGGCAUGGCAGUGAUGCCCUCAAGGUUGAAUCGAUCCAGCGAGAAGGCUUCGAUGCCAGGCGUGCCAGCAUGCAGGGCAAGUUCGGAGCCGGCUGUUAUUUCACAAAUCAAGUGUGCAAAGCCCGGCAAUAUGCCCGAGCACCAGGCUGCUCCAUUUUCCAGAAGCGUUGCAAGCAGUUCCACUGCGGCUGCAAGCCAUCCUCACGCUUCCUCCUCCUUUGCCGCGUCACCUUGGGUUCCGUGUACCGGCUCGGCCCCAAUAGUGACAUGAGGGGAGUCACACGACCUCCACCAGUUCAGGGCGCGAGACAGUUGAGACAUGACUCUUGUGUGGUCGAGCCUUUUCCUGGCACGUCUGGCCAGGGGCAGGUGCAUCGAGAGGUCGUCGUGUUCAACGGGCAGCAGAUCUACCCAGAGUUUCUCAUCGAGAUCAGCAUUGAGCCAAGCCGGUGA